AUGGCGACUACAACUAACAAUAUACUAUCAUCAGAUUUAAGACCGUAUUCAUUACUACAGGCGUAUAUAAGUGACGAAGAUAGCGAAGUGCCCAACGAAGAAGUUGAGAACGAGCCAGAGGAAGAGUGCAGCGAUCUCGAAGAUUCAACGACCAUAGACAUGGCAACUACAAACACAACAGCCACAUCUGACUCUGUCACUUCUGUUAAUACCAUCAAUUUAAUUCAAACUUUGCAUGAAUACGAACUAAGUCAAUCUGAAUCUUUGACAUUUUUGUACAAUUUGUUGUUUGAUGAUGACUCGAAUUUAUCAAAGGCGGACAUUUUGAAAAUUUUAAACUCGUUGAAGUUAAGAGAAGAUAAUCUCCCAUUUACAAUAAGCAAUGAUACAAGUAGUGAUAUUCAGGGAAUCAAAUGGCCAAGAAAACUACAUGAAAAAUUUUGCAAGGACAGACUUCGAGUUGGCCAGGAUAACUGGUUUCAUAAUAUGCAAAACUCAAGAGAAGAUGCGAUGGAAGUAUGUGAAUUCUGA